GUGUGUGUGUGUGAGAGAGAGACAGUGUGUGUGUGUGAGAGAGAGACAGUGUGUGUGUGUGAGAGAGAGAGACAGUGUGUGUGAGAGAGACACAGUGUGUGAGUGAGAGAGAGAGAGAGAGACUGUGUGUGUGUGAGAGACAGUGUGUGUGUGUAUUCGGGCCCCUCCGGGUGAAGGACGCGCUGUGCUGCUGUAGUGAUGGCAGAGAGGAAGCGGAUGAGGGCUUGGAGUGAAACCUGCAGUGUUGAAAGUGUGUAAUCACUGCGUGCCUCGGCUUUUGAAAAAACAAAUUCAUUAAAUGUCUUUCUUUUUCCGCGUUCCGAACGCGCACUUGCCGCAGUGAGUUGAGUUGUGGCUGGGACGCUGGGACACUGCGGCUGGAGUGUGGAUCCACCCCGGGAUUUCAGCACCAGGCCUCUGAAUGCAGUGAGCUCAGAUGGACCGCAUGAAGAUUAUUAAGAGACGCUUGUCUAUGAGCCUGCGCAGUGCGCGGCCAGUGGAUGAAAACCUGUCCGAGCUUGCAGAACAUGCAGCAGGAGAUGAGCCACCUACGUCACGGGAAAAUGGCAUAGUGCAUGAAAAUGUGAAAAUGGGGUCUGAUGGAGAGAGUGAUCAGGCAUCAGGGACUUCAUCUGAUGAGGUUCAGAGUCCUGUCCGAGUGCGAAUGCGCAACAACCACUCACGGCGUAUCUGCAACGAGGACAUUAAUAAGCGUCUAUCCCUGCCAGUGGAUAUCCGUUUGCCGGAGGGUUAUCUGGAAAAAUUUGCUAUGAACAGUCCUCCGUUUGAUAAACCCUUGAGUCGGAGACUACGGAGAGCUUCAUUGUCUGAAAUUGGCUUCGGGAAACUGGAGACGUACAUCAAAUUGGACAAACUCGGAGAAGGAACCUACGCAACAGUGUAUAAGGGACGCAGUAAGCUGACGGAUAAUCUGGUGGCUCUGAAGGAGAUUCGGCUGGAGCAUGAAGAGGGUGCACCAUGCACUGCUAUUCGUGAAGUGUCCCUACUGAAGGAUUUAAAACAUGCAAACAUUGUCACGCUUCAUGACAUCAUCCACACGGACAAGUGCCUCACACUGGUCUUUGAGUACCUGGAGAGGGAUCUAAAGCAGUACAUGGAUGACUGCGGGAGCAUCAUGAGUGUUCAUAAUGUCAAAAUCUUCCUCUUUCAGCUGUUGCGAGGACUAGCAUAUUGCCAUCGCCGCAAGGUUCUACACAGAGACUUGAAACCUCAGAAUCUUCUCAUUAAUGACAGGGGAGAGCUCAAACUCGCUGAUUUUGGUUUAGCGCGAGCCAAAUCUGUACCUACUAAGACGUAUUCCAAUGAGGUGGUCACACUGUGGUACAGACCGCCUGACGUGUUACUAGGAUCAACUGAGUACUCCACUCCUAUUGACAUGUGGGGGGUUGGCUGUAUAUUCUAUGAGAUGAUUACAGGACGGCCUCUGUUCCCUGGGUCUACAGUAGAGGAUGAACUUCAUCUCAUAUUUCGCAUACUUGGCACUCCUACUGAGGAGUCCUGGCCAGGGGUCAGUACCAGUGAAGAGUUCAGAAACUAUAACUUCCCUCGAUAUCGCCCCGAGCCUCUUGUCAAUCACGCGCCCAGGAUAGACAGUGAUGGUGAUGACUUAAUUAUGCAGUUGUUAAAGUUUGAGGCAAGGCAGCGUAUCUCGGCAGAAGAAGCUCUCAGGCAUCCCUACUUCAAGAGUUUGGGGGAUCAAGUGCAGCAACUGUCUGACACGGCCUCCAUCUUCUCGGUGAAGGAGCUCCAACUACAGAAGGAUCCAGGAAAACGUACAACAACAUACUCCGAGUCAGCAACGCCCCAUAAGAUGGGUCCUUUGCGUUUGGAAUGUUUGCAGAGAGAAGGAGCAAAGUUGAAUCCAGCUCCCUCUUCCCCCUCUACCGGCUGACUCAUUAUACCACUCUGCCCAGGGGAAGUCCCGUCGACAGAGUGUAUUGUUUUAGAAAUGGGCCCUAAUACUGAUAACAUCACACCUGCUGCACAAACAAAAUACUUUACCGCACCACAACAAAGGACGAAGAACCUGAAACCUUGCACCACACAAAGGAGGGAAAAGACUUGGACAUUUGAUCUGAGGAAUUCUUCACUACACAGUCAAGAUAUAGGAUUGCACUCUUCAAUAAAAAUGGAAUACCUUCACUCAUAACACACAUCCAACUUGUGAAGGAACGUGAGAAUCAUCAACUGCUGCUCAUACGUUUAUUCUUAUAAUCAAAGAGACUGAUAUAAAGGAAGAGGAGACAAAUCAAGAACACUUAGAUCACCCAGAUGGGAUAGUAAUACUUUAAUCCAGGUCAUGCUGUACAUUAGUUUAUAUAAACCUUAGCAGUAUACCUCAUUUCCUCUCCAUGCAUCCAGCAUUCGUUUACCCAUGUGGUUGUCCAUGUUAGUGUGUAUAUUGGCAUGCUGGAAAGAUUAGUUGGGAGUCUCGUGUGUGUGUGUACAGUUGCAUUAUGUUUAAAUAUUGCCUUUGAAUGAUUUCAGUAACCUUAAAGAAACUUUCCACCCCGACAUGACACACACUGCUAUAUUGGUACAAACUGUGGUUUCAAUUAACCCUGGCACCUUACACUAGUUAAGCUCAGGCCGUCUCCUGUAAAUUCAUAACUAACUAAUGAUCUUGGAGGACUGGAAACUGAAAGAAGAGAUGGACAUGACACUGAAUUUCACAGUGCAUGAUCAGCAAUGCUGUCUUUAUAGUGUGCACUACCUGACGAUUCUGAACACUUCGGAGCCAUUUUGGACACUGUCCAAACAGGAAAGGGUAUUACAAGACUGAAGAGUAUUAUGCUACUUCGAAGUGCUCGCUCGAUGAAGAGUACUCAUUGUGGUAAGCAGAUAGACUUGCCCUGUGUUGUGUAGGAUUAUCAGCUAUUUUAUUAUUUCUCUCAGCUCACGUUUUCUGAUUCCUCACCAUUUCUUACACUGUGCCCUCCCUAAUUAUGUGGACCCUUCAUGGAAAUGAGCAAAAAUGAAUCUAUAAAAAUAACAACAUGCAAUAAGUGAUAUUCUGAGCUCAGACAUAGAGAUAAUUUGUUUGGUUUUAUGUUUUGUUUUUUGUUUUUUUCUCCCCGAAAGUCUUAUGUAGGGCAUAUUUUUCUAUAAAAUUCUGAUUUCAGAUUGAUCAGCAUCCAUAAAGUUAAUAAUUAGUUGGAAACGCUUGAAGAGGGAUAUUAGUUCGCGCCGCCCUCCAAAACAAUCUCACUUUAAGUUUGUUAGCCCGUGCAGAAGUUUGUUUGUCUGGCAUUGUCCUACUGAAACAAAGCAUAGCUUUCCCAGGAUGAGACGUUGCCGCGAUGAAUGUCUCUCUUUAAAUCGCAAUAUACCGUAUGCCCCAAUAUAUCAAUGGUACCUUUACACACAUGGAACUCACCCAUAAAGUUCCUUUAUAUUCAUGGGUCUGUGCAUGCGCAUUUCACCUCAAUUCAGACCACAGGUUGACAGUAGGGUUCAAAUCCAGAGACUGACAUGUCCACUGGAAAACAGUGGUUUUGUGUGGUGAGGGUGUUUUUUUUUUUUCUUUUUUCUUUUUUUUUAAACAAUUCCUGUGUUAAUUUGGAAGAAUCUUUGACCAUGUCUGAAUGUCCCGGCAGAGGCAGCCAGGGGUUGGGCUGAAAUAUCCUGAUUCUUGGCAGAAUUCACAAUCCUACAAGAACCCCAAACCACUGUCAUAUUGGGACAGAUGCUCAGAUAGUGUAUCGGAUGCUCUUUAAUUGUUUGCCUUCACCAUUUGUUGGCAAACAUACUGAUGGUAUGCGCGACUAAAACAUGAUUUUGGUCUCACCGGACUACAACACAUGAUGGCAGUCAUCGUUCUCAUGACACUUGGUGAAGUUCAGAGAAUCAAUUUGUGAGUGUCUUAGAAAGGGCUAAUUUCAUGCAACUCUUCCAAACAGCUUCUUCUGAAAGAAGUGUUUUAUACUUAACUUUCAGAUUUGACAAUCAGUAGAAUCAAUUCUAAAACUGUGAUAUUUGAGCUGUUAUUUUCACUAUCCUCCUCAGUGUGCACGUGGGUCCAGUUCUUAGCAAAUUUCCAGCUGUCAGACAUAUGAAACUUUUUGUUACAGUCCUAAUUAAGUUUAAAGUUAUUUUUUUUAUUUCGUUUGCAUUUUUUUAAUAUUCGUUACCUGAUUUUUUUACAGGUCGACAACCAUGUCUCUCUUGUGCUGAAAUUAUAUAUCAUAUUUAUACACAGGGAAAAGAACAUGGCAACAACAGCUUGUCGGUGCUUUCAGCAUGUAGUCUUUUGACAGAAAAUACUUCUGUUUAAGAAAGUAGGUCUAAUGUUAUUUUAGUACAUUUUUCCUGUUUGUGUGGAACAUUUUUUUUUAUUUUCUACAAUCAUUUUUGCUCAUUUAUUUUAUGACCAGGGCUUAUAAUUCUGGUGGGCACUGUAACUUCCCUAUGGCUGCUGGGAGUCGAGUUAUCCAAGAGUAUCAUUGCACCAAGAAUGUCAUUUUUAAAUCUAUCCUUUAUUUAUUCAGGUUAGUGCAAUUGAAAUUAAAAACACUUUUUUUCAGGGGAUCCCUGACCCAGGUGUUCACAAGUAUCAAUACCAUAGUCAUACAUCAGGGAACGUUUCCUCUAAUGGUUGAGGAGCCCUGAACAAUACAGGGACCAGUGAAUAGUUUGGAUGAUCUUAACACUACAGUGUUUUGUGAGAAACUGCCCAGAUUAUUGUGAGGCAAACAUUUCUACUGUGAGUUAUGUGCACUGGUAAAACACUGCUCGGUUGGUUAGCAUAGCCAAGGACUUAACUGUUUGACUUCAUUGUUUGUUUUGCCCCCCAAUCAUACUACUUAUGUUACUUUUUUGUCAUGCAAUACUAAAGAAAAGAACGCAUUACUACAAAUGCACAGAAUGUUCAGGCUGCCUUACAUGUUUGGCCAAAAAUAAUGAAUAAUUUGGACUUGGCCAAAUGAGUAACAAUGUCGGAUAUUUUGACCAAGUAUGUUGUUUCACUGUUUUGUUUUUUGUUUUUUCCCUGCUGUUUGUUGAUACUUUUAAGUCAAAUUAGAUUAUGACAGCAAUACAGUUGCAUCGCUUAAUAAAUAGAUUAAACAAAUAACUGUUAAUGGUGCAGUAGAUAUACAGUAAUUAUGUUGCAAAAAAUUUCUCAGUGCACAAGAGUUUGUGGCUUUAUCGUUCUGUUCUGCUUUGUUUUUGCAAAAGUGUUCUAAUUCAGUUUUAUUGACGAGCAUAAAAUGACACUGCUAUAAUUUAUGCAACAAUCCCAAACAAUUUAACAAAUACUGGUACUUGCAUUGUAACGAACUUGAAAUUGAGAAAGCAAUGCAACAAGCUUUGCAAGUCUGUCAUAGUAAUAGUAUGCAUAUUUGCCUAUAGAUAUGACUAUAUACAGUGUAAACUAGUGCUCUGGGAAUUAUGAGCAGCAUACAGUGUCAAUUAUUAUAACUUUGUGUGUGGGGGGGGUUGUGCUGUAUUGCAAAUUGUAUCAAAUUGAAGUAUAUUAGAAUAGGAAUUUGACUUCUCAUUUUGAAGUGAUGUUCUACAGAAAUAAAAUUAAGUUUUUAGACUGGAUAAAAACUAAUAACAAGUCCCCAGAAUUACUUUAAAAAAGUCUAAAAACUGCAUAAACUAUGAGUAUUUAAACCCUACCCCCCCCCCUUGUUUUGCAAUCUAAAUUAGGACUAGCAUUUAAUUUUUGACAGCUCACACAUUUAAAAAAAACCUUAAAUAUAUUAAGCAGGGUAUGCUUGUGUCCAGCCGUAUGAUUGUGCAAUGAAUAUCUGUGUUUGAACUGUCUCAUAGUUAAAAUGGCAGAUCAGUUCAAUCAUGAAGACCUAAGAACUGUCUGUGAAGCUUUGAAGAAGUUGUUGGAGGAAAAAGCAGGAGGUGGUUAUUAAAGCGUCAGCAAAUUUUUGAACCAUCUCAGGAGCUUUGUGAAAUCCAUUAUAACAAAGUGGAAAAAUUGGAUCACAAGCCAGACACUACCCAGAUCAGGCAAAACUGAAUGCAUGGGCAAUAAGGCAAAUUUUCAAAGAAGUAUUCAAGUUACAACAUUGAAGGGCUCACUGACUGAAAUAGAACGUGCAGACGUCAACAAUAUCAGCUCUUCACAGAUCCAGUCUUGAUGGGGGAGUGGUCAGAAGGAAGCCACUUCUGAGAAAGGCAAUAUUAGAAAAUCUGAGAGCUUUGGGGAAAAAUUGUGGUCUUGAUGAGACUAAAGUUGGAGCCAUUUGGUCUAAAGCCAAAGCAUAGUGUUUGGCACAAACCAAAUACAGCCCAACUCCCAGGUAACACCAUUCCUAUGAUGAAUCACAGUGGUGGUAGCAUCACAUUCUAGAGUUGGUUUUCAGCAGGAGUUACUGGAAUGUUUGUUGCUAGUACAGGCAACCUGGAUGGAGUCAAAAUAUGCAAAUUGAACAGAACCUGUUUUAGUCAGCCAGACAUCUGCAUUUAGGGCAAAAAUAUAUGCUCCAACAGGCUUUUAAGCCAACACACUCAAAGCAAAAACUUCAGAGGAAUAGGUUGGGGGGGGAAGGUAUGCAUUAGAAUGGAUGAAUCAAAAUCCAGACUUAAAUCCAACUGAAAAUCUGUGGUAUGAAUUGAAAAUUGCCAUCCACCAAAAUUAUCCAUUUAACAUGACGAUUUGGAGAAAUUUGCAUUGAGAAAUGGAAGAAAAAAUCCAAAAAUCAAAAUGUCCAAAGCUUAUGGAGACACAUCUGGGACAAUUCAAAUCUGUGAUCACUGCAAAAUGACAAUUAUUCAUUUUUAAAUGCUUCUGUGUUCAUCUAAACAAUUUAUUUUUAUUUCUGUAGAGAGUCAAUUCAAAAGGACUAGAAAAAAAAAAAACCUCAUUCUGAUGCGCAUAAAUUUUCCAUUUAAAU